GUCUGCAUAUAUCAGCUGGAGCCUGGGAGCCUGUGUCAGUGUGUGCAGGCAGUGCAGGGGGGAAGGAAUGGCAGGCUGGGGGAUCUUCUUCCUCUCUCUGCUCAACUACAAGACAGAGAAAUAUGUCAUCGCAGAGAACAGGAGGAUUGGAAUAUUGUUUCGUCUCUAUCAGCUGGCCGUACUGGGAUACAUAAUAGGGUGGGUGUUUGUGGUGAGGAAGGGCUACCAGGAGAGGGAGGAGGCCAUCCAGACGUCAGUCAUCACCAAGCUGAAAGGUGUCACACUGACCAACAGCUCAGAGUCUGGGCUCCACCUCUGGAGCGCUGAGGAUUACGUCAUACCCCCAAAUGGCGAGCAGGUGUUCUUCAUAGUAACAAAUUACAUAGAGACGCCCAAUCAGAGACUGGGCUUCUGUGCUGAGAGUUACAAGGUGUCAAAUGGACGAUGUCUAAGUGAUGAUGACUGCGCCGAAGGGGAGGCUGUAACAGCUGGCCAUGGGAUCAAGACCGGCCUGUGCAUAAACAGCACCGGGACCUGUGAGAUUCACGCCUGGUGUCCGGUCGAAUACACCAAGCGUCCCGCAGAGCCUUUACUGAGCGAGGCAGAAAACUUCACCAUCUACAUCAAGAAUUUCAUCCGCUUCCCAAAGUUUGAAUUCUCCAAGUCUAACGUCCUUGAAACCUCUGAUGAUAGCUACCUGAAAAGAUGCUCCUACGACAGAGAGAAUCAUCAUUACUGCCCUAUCUUCCGCCUUGGAGAUAUGGUCAGCUGGACUGGACACGACUUCCAGGACAUGGCUGUGAAGGGUGGGUCUGUUGGUAUCCUCAUCGAGUGGAACUGUGACCUGGAUAAGGACUCCUCACGGUGUAAUCCACAUUACAGCUUCACUCGUUUGGACAUGAACUUGAACAACUCAGUCACAUCAGGAUACAACUUCAGAUAUGCCAGGUAUUACAAGGAUCAAAAUGGUGAAACCUAUCGCACUUUGUAUAAAGUGUAUGGAAUUCGCUUCGACAUAAUGAUCAACGGCCAGGCUGGAAAAUUCAACAUCGUUCCCACAAUAAUUGCCAUUGGUUCUGGUAUUGCCCUGCUGGGUGCUGGAGCCUUUGCCUGUGAUAUGAUUCUACUCUACAUGAUGAACACGAGCUCCUUCUACCGAGAGAGAAAGUUUGAAAUCAUCAACUUCAAGAAGGACCGGACCAAAAACAAGGACGGAAAGGCUGGACACCGGGCGAGGAGAGCCAGGAAGCCAGGGGCAGAGAAAGGCGUCGGCAACUCUAACAAAGAGGAGGAAACUGAAGCCAGUAAGGAAUCUUCUCCCACAGCAGAGGAAAAACGGGGUCCCACCAUUCCACGCAACACAGGACAAAGAUACACCUCCGCUCUCCCUACCCAAGUUUCAGAGCAGAAGAACCACAUCACGUUCUCGUCACACAGUUAAGGUUAUAAGACAGAGCUAGACCACUCAAUCACAGUGGCCCCAGUUAUGUUGCAGGAGGUGGAACCAAAACGUCAAAUGGAUUGUCCAUUUCUUAUCUGCUGGUAUGACUGUUGCCAUUUCAACCAGCUUGAGAGAUGCUUGCAUUGACUGAAAAUGUGUUAGUCCAGGGAAAUGUUGAUGUGCUGCACUGGUUAGUGGGCCAGGACUCUGAUGUCAUACAAACAAGAGGGUGGUUUUAAGUUAAUGGGUCAGGAACCAUGAGAUUACAACAGGUCCAUUAAUAAGAAGUACUGUGAUAAUGAUGAUUCAUUCAUCAAAGACUUUUAGUGAAUUGCCAAAUAUGUGUCAGUUGGUGUUUCAGUUACUAUUAAUUGUUAUAAAUUCUCUUUCAAAUUUUUUUGGAUGGUUGGGAAUCUAUUUAGACUAAUUUGGCCUCAUUUCCUGUGUGUGUUGUAUUCUGGGCCUAAGUUUUGACCUUUGUUAUUUUAUGGACAUUAUAAAAAUUACACAAAAAAUAUUAGAUGUGAUACAUCAGUCCUCGGACAUCUUCUAAAUUCAGUGUUACAGAAAAGAUCAUGAAAGAACAGAUUGAAGAGAAUGUAUUUUUAGUGCACUCAAUGUAAGAAAAUGUGAACUGUCUUAAUUACUGUUCAGCUGAAGGCAUCAUGUACCUGUGUUGUGACAGACAUGUGAACACUAGUUUAACACCGCUGUGUUGUGUUUCCUAUUCUAUGGUUCUGACAUGGAUAUCUACCAUGCAAUUGUUACAACACACUCGUAUUGAUAAUUAUUCACGUAGGACACUGUGGAAUGCAGUCUGUCAUGUGCCGUCAGUCUUCUUUGAGUCGUCAGGUUCACUGGAGAUGUGCGGCCUGAUUGACGUUGAAGUGCAAUGAAUCCUUUUCCUGUUUUG